CACGUGGCCUUAUCCUGCACACAUCGGCGUCUCAAGAACAGGCUAUGCGCUGCUCUCGCGUUUCGUUCCAUGGGAAUUAGUGUGAAAUCUUUGUUCAGUAUGGUAUCGCCUGCCUCCGCCUUCUGUGGAUCUGAACGAGCGGGUUUACCCGCGUGUAAGUUUUACUCGGGCAGGCGUAAGAUUCACAGGUGUCAUUGCGUUUUUGCGACCAUGGACGUGUUUUCUUCCGAUGAUAUUGUGCUGGAAAGUUUACUGGGGACAUAUGGCUACAUGAGCAUCUCCAGCUACGACCCGCCCAAGCUUGAUGGAGGAAUAGAGAGCAUGACAACCAGUUUAAAUGCAAAGAGAUUUGGUGGUCAGGAGGUUGAUGCUGGUAACGUGGAAACAAGGCUCUACUCCGGAAGAGUAAGGCGUGGUCCGAACACUGGCACACGCAUUUUACUGAAAGCUUAUCCGGUUCGAAAUGCCGGUGGUCAUGAAGCUGAUAUGAUGGCGGCAAAUGAGUUGAGUUCACACGCCAUUCUUCAGGACUCUUCAAUGGGAAAGACAUGCGAAAACAUAAUAGUACUUCUUGGAGGAUUUGAGACACGCACAGGAGAACAGUGGCUUGUGUUUCGAAAUGAUGGAAUCAAAUCCGGGGCUGAUUAUGCCAUGGCUGCGGGCGUUGCAACUCAGAAGGGCAUUUCUGUAGGUGUUUGGGACUUUUGGGAUCGUUUUGAAAAAGCAGAGGUUCUUCAAAGGAGACAUGCUUUUAUUCGAAAACUACUUGCUGGUGCCUUUACUGGUCUGUCUUUCAUGCAUGCCCGUGGUCAACUACACCAGUCUCUUGGCCCUGCAUCAGUGAUUCUCAACACAAUGGAAGAGCGAAAUAUUUCAAUGGUUUUACCUCGUUUACGGGAUCUCGCCUUUGCUGUGGAUGUGAGUAAUGAAACUCUGUUUCGUGGUGCCGACCCGAAAUUUGGAGCUCUUUCUGAUAAUCUUUGGCGUAGAGCAGCCGCUGCAGGUGCUCGAACAAUAUUUGAACGCAAGGCAUUUGGAAUUGCUGAUGAUAUCUUCUCUGGUGGCCUGCUUCUGGCAUAUAUUGUUUUUGCAUCUCUCAGUGUUCCUGGUAGCGUUGAUGCUCCAUCACUUCAGAGGCUUUUGGAAAGCACAUUUCGACUUGAUUUAACUGCUACUAGAGAAUAUUGUAUGAUGGAUGAUAGGUGGGAAGAGGCUGUCAAAUUCCUGGAUCUCGAUAAUAAAGCAGGAUGGGAACUUCUCCAGGUGAGUGAGGCGAUGCUCAAUCCAGAUUAUCGGCAACGGCCCAUAGCAGAUGCCGUUCUGUGUCACCGGUUCAUGACAGGUUGACGAAAGGAAAAGUAAAGCUGCAGACCCGGUACAGUGUACUAUGCUUUUGAUAUCAGCUUCUUCGUUUGCAACAUGUGAGCGCAUCUGGUUGAAUUGAUCGGUAAAAUCGGAAUUUUCUUUCAA